CACAUCCGUCCUUGCCAACCGCUCUCAUCUUCUACCACCUGACCACACUCCGUCUCUGCACCAGAGCACCCCAGGGACACUGCAAGAUACUGCAGAUACCAGCGAAGACCCAAGUUACGACCUUCUGAACGUACGAUUACGCGAUAAUCAUGGAUGAAGACAUGGACAUGAGCGCGACUGCGUCCCAGCCUCAGCCCGAGCAACAGCUACCUCCGCAAUUAUUUGACGAUGGCCGGAAGAUGCUCGACCUCGUCUUCGUGCAGGACUGCACAGGCAGUCAGGGUAGCUACAUCGCUUCGGCGACGAAGAACAUUGAGGAGAUUUGCAAUCACAUCUACGAGUCAGGCAAGCUUCAAAGCCGCGAGGACCUCCGUAUCGGCCUCGUCGCAUACCGCGACCAUCCGCCCCAGGACCACACGUACGUGACCAAGAAUUUUGGCUUCUCGUCCGAUAUUUCGGAGGUCCACAAGAACCUCUCCACUCUUUAUGCCUCUGGGGGCGGCGACGGCCCCGAGGCGGUCACCGCCGCCCUUGCGGAGGUGCUCAACAUGGACUGGCGGCCGUACGCGAGCAAGAUGGUCGUUCUCAUCGCGGACGCACCCCCACACGGCAUCGGAGAAUACGGUGAUGGUUUCGACGAGGGAUCUCCCGAUGGGCACGAUCCCCUCCAGGUCGCAAGGGAGAUGGCUAGCAGGGGAAUCACUUUGUUCUUUGUUGCGUGCGAGCCUGCACUCAGCGGCUAUUCGUAUGCGACCGACUUCUACCAGGCACUAACGAACAUUACGUCGGGCCUCAUGCUUCCGCUCACGACAGCGGACCUUCUCACACACGCCAUCGUCGGCAGCGUGCUGGAGAACCUCGACAUGGAGCGUCUCGUACGUGAAGUCGGCCAGGCGGUAUCCCAGCGGAUACUGGGCAACAACGAGAGCGUGGACGACGUCGCGCGAGAACUUCACGAGAGGCUGCUCCUCCGGAACGAGAGCACAAAGAAGGUCGUGAUCGAGAGCAUCUACCGCGAGUCUGAAGAAGCGAAGCACAACGUCAGCAUCUACUUCAACGCACCCAGCCUUGCCGAGGCCAGGCCACAUCUCAAGCGAGUUCCUGGCACGCGUUUCACGGACAAGUACCUCCAUGCGCGGAUGUCCUCGUCAAGAAGCUCGUAUUACACCUCGCCCUACUCGCUUCCCCCACGGCCCGCGGAGAAGACUUCUCCGACCAAGCCGGCACCUUCGUCACCACCACGCAAGGUAGUCACAGACUUCAAGGCGUUUGGCGCGUCGCCGACGGCGAGUGUCUUUGGCACCGCAGUGCAGUCAACGCCAUUCUCGCUAGCCGGUGGCAAGGCGGCAUUCGGCGGCGUGCGUACCAAUGGCCGGUCGACGACGUUCGAUGAUGACGACGAUGAUGAUGAUGAGUCUGGAGGUAGGCAGAAGGUCGAGCUGAGGGAAGACUCGAUCACGCUCGAUCAGGCAAGGCGCAUUGCGUUGCAGAGUGCUUGGAGAGGCACCCGUAUGUAAAUUGUGGACUGGGCUGCAGCAGGGCAUACUGCGAUACUCUUGGCGACGGAAUGCCGAUGCUCUGCCCGUUUUACCCAUAUACGUAUGUUGCGUCCUGAACAACUGUAUUAUUACUCUGCAUCGUAUCCAGGACCAUCUCUUACCUGUUCUCUUUGUACAGCCGUCCGAGCACCGGAGUUGGAUGAUGGAUCUUAGUAUACUGUUGGUAUACAAUUGCUGUUCUUUACUUCCCUCACCCUGCCGCAGUGUUAGGUCCUCCUUACGGACCACGCGGCUGCUGGUAUCUGUUUUCUUGCUUUCUCCUGGCAUCACUCAUGUCGCUACCGUUGUUACUCGUCACCUCUGCAUUUCCAUCUUCACUCUCCUGUUUCUCUUCUCUUCCACGCAAGUACCCAGGCAAGGUAUAUGUACGACCGAGGUGCCUCUUUGCAAUACGUGUAUAUAGCACUCCACCCCGCCCGUUGUACAAGUACGUAGACUUCUAGGAGUAAUGUAUAGCAACGUACCACAUAUCACAUCUAGACGAGACACUCAUAGACGAUGUGUAAUACAGCAGAUAGAUAGCGAAGUAUAUAGCAAUUCGAUGCAACAGGGCCUGGGUAUUCACGACUUCUUGGCCUUCUUUGAAGCCCUCCUGUCUUUCAAUGAGGUGUCAGACGAGUUUCUAGUCCGUUUCGCGGAUUUCUCCGCUUUCUGUGUAGGAGCUGAGACCACUUCCCCUCCAGCUGAUGUCUCCUGCGAACCAGACUCUGAGCCUGAUUGCGCAUCCUCUUUCGCCUUCCGAGCUGCUCUCCUUUUCCGUCUCUCCUCUUUCCGCGCUCGCUUUUCCGCCUUGAGCCUCUUCCUCUCCGCCUUCUCCGCCUUCCGAGCUGCCUUUGUUUCCCUAGGUUGCCUGGCGUCUUCGCUAUCAUCAUCGUCCGGAGCCUUCUCUUUGCCCUUCGACUCGGACCGCUUCUCAUUCCUCUCCUUCUCCUUGGGUUCGCGUUUCCGACGUCUCCGCUCUGCCUUUCCCUCAUCCUCCACAUCUGCAGAUUUCCGCUUCUUCCGCUUCGACUCCUUCGACGCCUUCUCCACAAGUAGCGGUGCCGAAGCGGAUGAUGGUUCCGGCGAGUUCGUAGUAGAGACCUGCAUCGUCUUCUCAACGUCCUCAGUGGAGAGCACGGGACCGCGAUAGAACAUCGAAUAGAGCAUCCGACGGGCGGCCUGCUGUUUCGCUUGUGCCAUGAUACUUAGGCGGGGGAUGACAGCGCCGCUGCUCUGCGGCUCGGAAGGGGUCGUAGUGCCUGACAAGGCUGGGGUGCCGGUCGUCGGUCGGCGGUUGGAGAUUAUGCCUGUCUUUGUGCGCUGGAGACUUAAAGCCGGCGUCGUGCUGCCCUCGGAGUCGGAUUCAUCGUCUGAGUUGUGGACUUUGACUUGAAUGCUGACUGAAGCCGCUUGAAAGACGUGGUCCCAGAACGGAAACGCCUCAUCGCG